AGACCCUAGAUAUGCAUCCCAGAGGAGAGUUUAUGAAGACCUUGGCCAAGAAAUGCUUCAACAUGCAUUUGAAGGGUACAAUGUAUGUAUAUUUGCGUACGGUCAGACCGGAGCAGGCAAGUCUUAUACCAUGAUGGGAAAACAAGAACCGAGCCAACAGGGUAUUAUACCACAGCUGUGCCAAGAGCUGUUUGACCGUAUCAACUGUAACUCUGACUCCAGUUUGAAGUACUCAGUAGAGGUUAGUUACAUGGAGAUCUACUGUGAGAGGGUCCGUGACCUCCUCAACCCCAAGAACCAGAAGAACCUAAGGGUCAGGGAGCAUCCCCUUCUUGGUCCCUACGUAGAGGACCUCUCCAAACUAGCCGUCACUUCGUUUAGCGAUAUAUCAGAUCUGAUGGACGAGGGAAAUAAAGCAAGAACCGUAGCUUCCACUAACAUGAAUGAGACAAGCAGUAGAUCACACGCAGUCUUCACCAUCGUCUUCACCCAGAAGAGACACGAUGCAGAGACUAACAUGUGCACAGAGAAAGUUAGCAAGGUCAGCCUGGUUGACCUUGCAGGAAGUGAAAGAGCAGACUCAACAGGAGCUAAAGGUGUCAGGUUAAAGGAAGGAGCAAACAUCAACAAAUCUCUGACCACCUUGGGAAAAGUUAUUUCAGCAUUAGCAGAACUUUCAUCACAAUCAGGGAAACCAAGAAACAUAAAAAAUUCAAGUAUGCCCAUUGACAAGGCAAGUAAAAAGAAGAAGAAGACAGAUUUCAUUCCAUACCGAGAUUCCGUUCUAACAUGGCUACUCCGAGAGAACCUAGGAGGUAAUUCCAAGACUGCUAUGAUUGCAGCUCUAAGUCCAGCUGAUAUCAACUACGAUGAAACACUCAGUACACUCAGAUAUGCAGACAGAGCCAAGAACAUCGUCUGCAAGGCUAUUGUCAAUGAAGAUCCCAACGCCCGUCUCAUCCGUGAACUCAAGGAAGAGGUCAAUCGGUUAAAGGUCAUCUUGAAGACAGAGGGCAUCGACGUUGACCUCAACAACAUCAACAACUUUGUGAGCAACGUGAAUGCUGCCCCCACACCAAACCUUUCCAUGCCCAAGAAGAUCCAGCUACCUGUCAAAGAAGAUGCUAUUGAUAGAAUAAAGGAAUCUGAGAAGUUGAUAGCAGAAUUGAAUGAAACAUGGGAAGAGAAACUAAAGAAGACAGAAGCCAUCAGGUUACAGAGAGAGGAGAUGUUAGCUGAGAUGGGUGUUGUUAUGAGAGAAGAUGGACUUACUGUUGGAGUAUUCUCUCCUAAACAGACCCCUCAUCUUGUAAAUCUGAAUGAAGAUCCUCUGAUGUCAGAAUGUCUACUGUAUCACCUUAAACCGGGAAUAACAAGGGUGGGUUUAUCUGAUGCCAAUGUAACCCAAGACAUCCAGCUAAGUGGUUCAUAUAUCAACGAGGAACAUUGUAUCUUUGAAAACAAGGAUAGUGAGGUCACAUUAAAACCUUUUGAUGGUUGUAUGUGCUACAUCAACGGCUCCAAGAUCACAGAACCUACUCAAAUCUUAAGCGGUUACCGCAUCAUUCUCGGGAAGCACCACGUGUUCCGCUUCACCAAUCCAGAACAGAUCAGACAACAGAGGGAGCUUUCAUCUUCCGUCCAAGGGCAGGUCCUAGAAGGGGUCCAGGAUACGAGAGGGCAAGGCGAUGGUGGCGAUACGGAAGGCAAGCCUGAUCAGCAGGACAGCAGAGAUUGGUCCUUUGCGCAGAAAGAACUGCUUCAGCAUCAGGGCAUUGAUAUCAAAGAAGAGAUGGAGAGAAGAUUACUUGCCAUGGAGAUGCAGUACAAGAAAGAGAAGGAAGAAGCAGACCAACUUUUAGAGCAACAGAGACUGGAUUAUGAGAGCAAACUGCAGGCCCUACAGAAGCAGAUGGAGACGCAGAGCCUCCUCUCCGGCAGUGUGUCGGGUGACCUCAGCUGCGAAGACGACGAUGAUGACGGCCUGGAGAGUAAGUUGCUGACCAUUUUAUUUCUGGCUGUCUUAUUUUGGUACAUCUACUAUUUCUCUAUGCUCAUUAUAUCCCUCCUCUUCCUCCUCAGCUGUUACCUGGUGCUCAUGACGGAGCUCAGAUGACAAAGGGGGAAGGGGAGGGGUAAGGGAAGGGAAGGGGGCAAGGAAUGGGUGAAGGGAGAGGGCAAGGGAGGGAGCAAGGUAGAGGUGAGACACGGACCAACGUGAACUUAAGGGGGUAGGAGAAGGAGUUCUAGAGGGGAAUGGAAGUUCCGACUUUCUAAAUGCGGAGGCUCAUUUCAAAAUUUUGUGUGAGAUGCCAUUUCCUGUCACUUCCAAUCUCAUAUUAUGUCUCCAAGUGCUUAUUUCUAUGUUUGAUGAGCACAGAAAAAAGGUUUAAUGAGCUUAAGAAAGAAGAAUGCGCCCUCUUUGAUCAUACCCCCCCCCCUUCACCCACUUAUCUCCUGUGUAUGUACAUUUCUGAUUUUUAAAAGGGACCAUAUUACAUGUAUGUAGGGUUUGUCUAUGCAUGAUAUAAAAUAAGUUCCAUGUUUUUUUCAGUUCCAUGCUGAUCAUUUUCAGUUCCAAACUGUCACAAAUUGUCAAAAAAGUGCCAAAACUUUGGGGAGAUUGUAUUUUAAUGUCUUGUGUACUUAAGUGUCACCCUCAUGGGAUUCGUGCUUGGAAUGUGCUAUUAUUAUGAAAACAUGAACACAGAUCUUUUUUUCUGUUUCAAUAGAAUUAAUUUAAAAACCUCUAUGUUGAGAGCUAGUUUAAUUCCCCAUUUGCAAACAAACUUUUAGCUGAAUUGAAUUCAUUAUAUACAUAUUUAGCAACUUGUAAACUGAAUUGUAGCAGUGAAUUAGCAUGAUGUUACUGUUCACGUAUAGAAAAAAAAUACCUUUAUUGUUGACAGAAGAAUUAAAGAUUUAGGAGUCAUAGGAUAGAAAACGUUCUGCUACAUUUGAAUAGUAAUACACAUCAUAGCAGUUCAAACGUUAUCAAACAGCAAUUUGAAUGAAAUAUGAUAAAAAAAAUUCAAAAAGCAUCUCAGCCCCCCCCCCCAAUAAAAGGUUUAAUGUGUGGUUUUGUAAUGCAGAAUAUUUACAAUUAUGCUCUGUUAUAAUUCGGGAUUGAUGAAUCUAUUGAAUCCAGAAUAUUCUGUUGAUGUUUGUGUGAAUGUGAGUGUGUCAUUGCAGGAUAUUUGAAGAGAACUGUGUGACAUUUGUUUAUGAAAAAAUGGUUGAAAAAUUAUAAGCUGACCAAUAUUUGGUUAUUAUAGAGGAUAAUCCUUAAACAACUGUUCUUUGUCAUGCUACAUGUACAUUGUAUCACUAUCUCACUACCUUUAUGUAUCAUUUUCAUAUUUUAGUAUCAUGAGCAAGUGCAUUUCUAUGAUUUGUUCAUGCUGUUGAGUAUUAUUUAAAGCUAAAAAAAGAUGACAUUUUUUGAGGGACGAUGACAGAAACCUGAGGAUUGCUUUGUGUUGUAGGAAGGAGAGCUACAUGUACAUUGUAUGUGGUCAAAUAAAACUAAUGAUCCACUUGCUUGGAGUAGCAUAAUGUAGUCAAAUGGGUAGGUUCAGGGAGGCUGCUACGCCCAGUCAAUUACAUGUACAGCCAGUGUAAGCUGAGGAGGCGCGAUAGCUCAGUCGGUAGAGCGGGGGAUUCGUAUUCUGGUGACCCGGGUUCGAUUCACACUUGGUGCGCUAGUGCCCUUUGGUAAGGCAUUAAUCCUCAUUACCAGGUCCUUCGGAGAGGACCUUAAGCCGUCGGUCCUCUGGUUGCUUGCUUACAAGCAUUCAAGCUUUCUUAGCAAUCAGGUAAAAAAUCCCCACCAAUCAAUCAACUUAUGUAUGGCAUGCUGUUUAUCAUUCAAUCCUAUUGAGAAUUCAUUCCUUGACAGGGGGAAUCGUAAUUCUUGAUAUCGCAUAUAUUUUUUCUUGCUAUCAUUGGCAAUUCUUGAUGUCAAGAAGUAGGAAUAAAUGAUUAAAAGGCUCUGUCUGCUGGUAUAUGCUGACUAAAUAUCAUCUAGCGUUUCAGGGAGGGUUUCAUCAACAUUUAUCAUCUGACAAGUUGUCGGAUCUUCCAAAUUUCCUUGAUUUUAAUUGUCUUUGAAGCACAGAUACUGUGGUAUCUGCCGGAUUAAACAGACUUUGUUGAUAAAACAUCCGACAAGUCCUUUAUAAAUGUUCCCCUGAGGAUUGUUACAGCCGCUUGACAUUGUGAAUCUUUCAGACAAGUUUAGACAAAAAAAUGGAUUAGAUCCAUGUUUCAGUGUAUGAAAUGAAUGAUGAUGGUGAUUUUGAAUGAGCCGAGACCAAAGAAUAGUCUAUUUAUUUUUCUUUGUAAUUGUUUCUUUGAUAGUCUUUUAGUUGUCUUUUUUCUUCUCUUCAUCAUGAUGGACUUCUAGAAAAGAAUUAUUUUUGUUCAGAUAUUGUGUGGACCAUGUAUCUUGAUUAUUGUUGUUUCAAGUGCAUGUCUUGUGUUCUUUGUAUAUUCAAUUUUCUGUUAUGUACCGUCCUUUUUUUUUUUUUUGAUUUACUGAAUUUGUGAUUUGCGAAAUCCUGCCUUGAUUUGUGUGUAUUUCUCUAUUAGAUAGCUAUUUAUUUUCCUGUUUAAUGAUCAAUAAUUUUAGGUUCUUUUUGUGUACAUUACUUGUUGUCUUAUGUUCAAUUGUUUCAUCCAUCAAAAUCUCUGCUGAAAAUCAUACAAAUGUACAAUUUCAUUUUGUUUCUAAUUUCCAAUUGGCAGACAAAUUAUCAUGAUUUUAUAAACAACAUGAUCAUUAUGGUAACUUAGAAAUUGAAACGUGGAUUAAUGCUCAUUAUAUUUUAUUUCAGUAAUUCACAGAC